UACCACAUGCUAAUAAGCUGUCCUUUGUAUUUUAACACGUGGACAUGAAAAUGUCGACAUUCAACUUUUCCUCCGUGCCUCUCCCUUUCAUCUCUUUGAUCCCUACAACUGUUUUUCCUUCUUUUAAUCUUCCAUAUUUCUGUUUGGUUCUCGUGAUUCCCUCCUCAGAAUUCCUUGUCGGGAUUUUCUUGGAGAACUGAAAGGCUCAUGUAAGACAUCAAAGUUUUGUUCUUUAUUAUUCUCUUGAUGGUCCAUGCUUAAUAUUAAUUUUGAAUUCAAUGGUUGAUUGAAUGGUUACACUGUGGAUUAGAGACCUGCAUUGUGCAUUCCCUCCUAUGAAUGAGUACAUUCCCUUCUAUCUUUUGGCAGUUUUACAAAAUGCAAGAUUUGCUUUUCAGCUGUGUCUGACACUUCAAUUUGCUUCAUAACUAUUUCACAUUACAAUAUUUGGUUCAAGUAUUCAGAUUUAAAGAUUAAGAUGUCUUCUCCAAGCAAAAGGAGGGAGAUGGAUGUCAUGAAGUUGAUGAUGAGUGAUUACAAUGUGGAGACAAUAAAUGAUGGGCUGAAUGAAUUUAAUGUGGAAUUUCACGGUCCUAAAGGAAGCCUUUAUGAAGGUGGAGUCUGGAAAAUACGGGUCGAACUUCCUGAUGCUUAUCCAUACAAGUCUCCUUCUAUUGGGUUUGUGAACAAGAUAUUUCACCCAAAUGUGGAUGAACUUUUGUCCUUCAUUGGUUGCAGCUCCGGUUCUGUAUGCUUGGAUGUCAUUAACCAAUCAUGGAGUCCAAUGUUUGAUCUUUUGAAUGUUUUUGAAGUCUUCCUGCCACAGCUGUUGCUUUAUCCUAAUCCCUCAGAUCCACUCAAUGGUGACGCAGCUUCAUUAAUGAUGAAGGAUCGAGAACAGUACGAUGAAAAAGUAAAAGAGUACCUUGACAAGUAUGCGAAGAAGGGAAAUAUCAUGAACUCCACAGCUGAAGAGCAGAGUGAGGAGGAGGAUGUCAGUGAUGAAGAAAGUGGAUCAAGUGACAAUGAUAUUGCUGGACAUGUAGACCCAUAAGGAUCUCGGGGGGCUUCACAAUGACUGAAGUAAAAACGCCCCUUACAACGGGCAAGGAACCGUAUACUACACUACAAUGUUACAUGUUUAUAUCUUCCAGUCAUAUGCUACUUCUGCAACUACCUUUCAUUUGCUUGUAAUAUUAUCAAGUUGUAGUAAGGAAUUUUUGCCUAGUUUUAGGAAAACAGUUAGAAUCGUUAAAAUGAUCAAUUAUCUAUUUUAGUGUAUGAUUACUCUUUUGAAUGGAUAGAAAGAAUCAAUUAGUUAA